AUGUGCCUUUUAAGUGUAGAAAUUUCUAGGGAUUGGUACAUGAAAGUUUACAGUAAUGACAAACAACACUUUACAAUGUCAUUUUUUGAGAAGAAAUUACACGUCGCAAAAAAGAGAAAGAAUGUUGUUUUGCAAAUUGAUGUGAAUGUUGGAAUCGUUCACAUGAUGAUGAUGAUGCCACGAAUUAUUCCAACAAAAGCUUAUGAAGAGUUAAAAAAUAAUGCCGCAAAUUUGCUUGCAAUGAAAUGUGUUAGAAAGUCGUUUAAGCGCAAUAAUCAUGCUUAUGUAGUGCGGGACUUUUUGCUAAACACUUUACAAUGUUGCAGAAUCAUUUAA